AGCUUCUGCAUGCUAUAUAGAUUAAGCCUGUUUCUUCGUGGAUCCAUCUGAAGCAUCUAGCCUCACAAAUCCGUGGUCUCUUAGCAUAGUUGCACGGUGGGCAUUGCUCUAGGCAGUGGUAACUGGGUUGCCUAUGGCUAGUAAGGAACUGCGUAACGUUCCAAAGCCUGAUCUUGAGCCCAUUCUAGAAGCAGCUUCGUCCUCAAUAUCAGUUGAUGCAAGAGUCAAAGAGUGCAUUUCCGCAAUGGGCCGGGAGCAUAAAGACUUCGAAGGACUCCUCCUGCAGGGCGGCAAUGAUUCUGGAGAGAAGACCGUUCGCCUGGAAGGACUUACGAUAUCGAUGACAUGCUUGGCUAAAAUUGCUGUUGGGUCUGAUAAGGAACCUAGAAGAUACGAGCUGAAGAUGACCAGCGACAUGAUCGGUGGGCCAAUACUGGAAUGGUAUCCUAAUCCAAUGGAGGGAGCAAUCAACAUUGUCAAUACGACAGGAGAAACCACACCGGCUGCUGUUCCUCAAAGAACACUGGCUAAUGCCCUAUAUGAUGCGAUGCAACGUGUUAAGAGGAAAACGACCGAAGUUGGAGUCGAAGAACCCAAGGAAAUCAAAAAGGCCAAAACGAGCAACCCGCAGCGUGCAGCAGGUAGCAAAUAAGUGAAAGGCAUAGAAAGUUUCAAACUUUGUGUAUGUGUCCUUUUCCAUUCCUACUAAUAAGGAGUGCAUGAUCUCAUGACUAAGGCAGAAAACACAUAAUGGCCAACUCCAUUUCUGAAUUAAAUUUGGAAUUUAAAAUAAAAGCGAUGUAAAAUGAUGCUUCUUACGACUUUAA